GGCGACAGUGUUCUCUCCAAAGUGGUGAACUGGGCCAUCAAUACCCCGCCGCUGUACGGAGCUAUGAAGGUUCUCGCAAAGCAGGUACGACACAACUCUGCUGAGAGUCGGGGCGUGCGGUGGGACGGUCACGUCGACAACAUGCGGAGGCAAAACGAGAAGGAGCUGGAGGACCCCGCCAUGUCCUACCCGGACUACUACCUGAAGCCUUUCCAUGCCUACGAGACAGGCAAUCUGGAGUGGCUGGCGGCGUACGAGGUGCAGCCAGCCACUUACGCCAUGGGGAUUCGGACAUUCAAGGACAAGCAGCACUGGAGCGGGGACCAGUGCUUCGUGGAGUUGCGGAGCCGCAUCACCGACGCCAUCAAGUCGUACCACACACGCCACGGUCUACCCCUGCCCUCCCGCAUCGCCGACAUGGGCUGCUCCACGGGCAUGUCCACCCAGUGGUUGGCAGAGCAGUUCCCCCAGGCAGCUGCAAUUACUGGACUGGACCUGUCGCCGUACUUCCUGGCGGUGGCGGAAGAGAGGUGGGUGCGCUCCGCCCCCAUCACGUACGUGCACGGCCUGGCCGAGCAGAGCCCCUUUUCCGAUUCCUCCUUGGACAUGGUCAACUUCAAUUUUGUCAUCCACGAGUGCCCUCAGGCCGCCAUCGAGUCCUUCAUUCGCGAAUCCUCGCGGAUACUUCGACCGGGGGGCGUGCUGGCGUUUGUGGAUAACAACCCCAGGUCUGCCACCAUUCAGAAUCUCCCUCCCGCCAUUUUCACUCUGAUGAAGUCCACUGAGCCCUGGUCUGAUGAGUAUUACAGCUUCGAUCUGGAGGCUGCCAUGCGCGCUGCGGGGUUCAAGGAGGUGGUAACGUUGGAGACGGAUCACCGACAUCGCUGCGUCAUGGGAAUCAGGCCUUGAGAGAUAGAUGUAUGGCGAGGGGAGGGAAAAGGGGCGAGCGUGGCAAAAGAAGGGGAGAGAGCGAGCGGAGGUUGGAGGAGUGAGGGGGGGAAGGGGAGGGCUUGGUUUUGGAGGCGCAUUUAGAGAAUGGGGAAGCGAGGGAGGUGGCAGUGCAGGCUGUGGCACCCGUCCAUCAAUCCCUCUCCCCUGUCCCCAUUUUUGAGGUAUUUCUCUGGUAUUUGCUUGAUUUGUGCCAAAGGUUGGUUUUGUUUGUUUGGCCAAGUAUGUGUUAGAAAAGGCUGCCUUCCGAACACGGGCCAUCAUGUGGAAGCAAGACCUGAACAUAAUCUUGGGCAAGUUUGUUAUAAUUAUUGCGCUGUCGCCUUGAUAGUUUGUACAUGUCUCUUUCUCUACGUUUGAGUGCUAAGGAUGUGUUUUACGGUGAGAUGCCUUGAGGAGGAGACAGGACUGACAAAGGUUUUAUCUAUCGCGUCAUGGCCGGGAUUCGAAAUUCCUGUGAAAACAAAGCACCUGUCUU